AGUAUGUGAAGUGUAUGCCAACUCGAAUAGCGCGCGCAACACACAAUAACUUGAUGCAAAUUGAGUGAAUAAACUUUCGAAAACAAGCACGAUUACUGUAUACGUAUUCAAAUCACAAUAAUGUCUAAAUUCCUUCGAGCUGUCAGAAACAGCAUACUAGAAAAGGACAAAUCGGAACUAUCGGAGAAUGACUUGAAAAAAUGGGGAUUAGGAGGAAUUAAUUUGAGAUCUUAUCAAGUGGAUGGAGUGAGGUGGCUGACACAGUGUAUGAGGCACCAGGAAGGCUGCAUUCUUGGUGAUGAGAUGGGUCUAGGCAAGACCUGUCAGACCAUCUCUUUGCUGGCAUAUGCUCGAGGAUGCCUUAAGAUCAAUGGGCCAUUUCUAGUGCUAUGCCCUUUGUCUGUUUUGGAGAACUGGACACAAGAAUUGGAACGUUUUUGCCCCAGUCUUUCUGUGAUCUGUUACACUGGUGAUAAAGAGAGAAGGGCAGAGCUCCAGACAGAACUCCGGAAUGACAGACCCUUUCAUGUUCUUGUCACCACCUAUGAGAUGUGCCUAAAAGAUGCCAGCUACCUGAAAAGCUGGAAAUGGAAGGUUUUAGUUGUAGAUGAGGCUCACAGGCUGAAGAACCAGCAGUCAUUACUACAUCAAACCCUCACAAAGUUUUCAGUGGGCUUUCGAGUGCUGUUGACAGGAACGCCCAUUCAGAAUAAUUUGCAAGAAGUGUAUUCUCUACUCACCUUUAUCCAGCCUAGUCUGUUUUCCCCUGAUGCCGUAGAGGACUUUGUCAUAGCCUAUGCAGAUGUACAGACUGAAACUACUCUAGCCAAUGAGCUUCAUCAAGUGCUACAGCCCUUUUUGCUGCGAAGGGUUAAGGCAGAGGUGGCAGCCGAACUGCCCAAGAAGACUGAACUUGUUGUUUAUCAUGGGCUCUCUGCCCUUCAGAAGACAUACUAUAAAGCUAUUCUGAUGAGAGACCUUGAUGCAUUUAAGACGGAUCAAAGCAGUAAGACCCGACUGCUAAACAUUCUAAUGCAGCUUAGAAAGUGUGUGAGCCAUCCCUACUUGUUCAAUGGUGUGGAACCAGAACCGUUUGAAAUGGGGGAGCAUUUAGUGGAGGCCAGUGGAAAGCUCACUCUGCUGAAAACCAUGCUGACAUAUCUUCAGGAGGGGGGCCACCGUGUCCUUCUGUUUUCUCAAAUGACCAGGAUGCUGGAUAUUCUGCAAGAUUACUUGGAGUAUAGAGGUUACAGUUACGAGCGACUGGAUGGCUCAGUCCGCGGAGAGGAACGUAACCUAGCUAUCAAAAACUUCAGCACCAAAGAUGUUUUCAUAUUCCUCCUCAGCACCAAAGCUGGUGGGGUUGGAAUGAACCUGACUGCUGCAGAUACUGUGAUCUUUGUUGAUAGUGACUUCAACCCACAGAAUGACCUCCAAGCUGCAGCUCGAGCACACAGGAUUGGCCAAACAAGAGCUGUUAAAGUGAUCAGACUCUUGGGUAGAGAUACAGUAGAGGAGAUCAUAUAUUCCCGUGCUGUGUCUAAACUUCGUCUCACAAACACAGUGAUUGAGGAGGGACGUUUUUCACUGCUGGACCAGGCUCAGUGUGCAGCUUCUGGCCUUCAGCUGAGUGAGAUCCUAAAGUUUGGUGUGGAUAAACUGCUGUCAUCAGAGGAUAGUUCCAUUCAAGAUGUGGACCUUAGGCUGAUCCUGGGACAGUCUCAAGAUGGACAAUGGGUAACGGAAGAAGAGCAUGUCAUACCUAAUGAGACUGAUGAAGAGGAGGACAUCGUCGGUCAAAACCACAUGUACUACUUUGAGGGGAAGGACUACUCAAAAGACCCCAGUGCAGAAGACGAGAAGACCUUUGAAAUGUUACUUGAGAAGCAGUUAGCCGAACUAGAGGAUGCCGGGAAAGAGAGCCGAACACUCCGUAACAAAGCCGGGGUCUCCCUGUCUGGGCCCUUGAUCAACCCUGUGAGGAAGAAGAGGCCCCUUACAGACUCUGAGCUCGAAGAGAGACAUCAGAAGAGACAAGAAGCUGCUGCUAAGAGGGCAAAGCUUCAGGAGGAGAGGAAGAGACAACAGGAAGAACUUAAUUAUAAGAAGAAGAUGGCUUGGUGGGAAUCCUGUGGCUACAGAUCAUUGUGCUUGCACCACAUCGACAGUGAGGGAGAGGAUAUGGAGCCUGAUGAAGAUGAUGAUAUCAGCUCCAUAGAUUCCGAUCACUCAGCAAUUAGCUAUGUGUUGGGUGAUGUAACACACCCUCAGGCUGAUCGAGAGGAUGCCAUCAUUGUUCACUGUGUUGACGAUUCUGGACACUGGGGGAGAGGAGGACUGUUUACCGCUCUUGAAAUCAGAUCAGAUGAGCCGAGGAAGCAGUAUGAGUUGGCUGGAGACAUGAAAGACUUAGAACUGGGUAAUGUUCUGCUUUUUCCUAUUGAUGACAAGCAGUCGAGACUCAGUGGAAGAGACUAUCUGGCUCUCAUAGUUGCCCAGCAGAGGGAUAAAGCCAACAACUUGUCAGGCAUUCGGCUCACUGCCUUGGAUGAAGGCCUCAAGAAGAUCUUUAGAGAAGCCAAACAAAAGAAGGCCAGUGUCCAUCUGCCACGGAUUGGUCACUCUACUAAAGGCUUCAACUGGUAUGGUACUGAGAGACUCAUUCGCAAGCACCUGGCUUCCAGAGGCAUCUCCACAUCUAUCUAUUAUUAUAGGCGGGCCACUUCUACAGCAGCUUCCACCACAUAUACAACUGCACCAUCUACAUCACACUCAGCCUGUUACCCAUCAGCAUCUUCAUCACCUCGGUCCCUACACUCCUCCAGUCCCCAAGGUAAGAGUGAAGACCCAACAAAGUCACCAAAGUGCUCAACUGAGUCCCACGGUCAAAGUGCAUCAGGGUUGGCCAACUUCAUGAAAGGUGUUCAUGUCUUCUUCUACAACAUGGCUGCUGGAGAGAAAAAGAAGCUCACCCGCUACCUCAUCACAUAUGAUGGUGAUGAAGAGGAUCUCAUGAGUUCAAAUGUCACUCAUAUUGUAGGAGAGGUAGAAAGCCCUGUCCAUGUACAGGAACUGCAAGGUUUAUUGCUUCAGUACCCUCAGGCCAUUCUAGUAAACAAAAAGUGGUUGGAGUCUUGCUUUGCUUACCAAAGGAAAGUCAGUGUCAGUAGAUAUUUAAUUAGGUUACCUUGACAAAGUUCCUUCUCCGUGUUUGGAACUGACUGAACAAAUCAUUUUGCCUCCGAUUAAUUCAGGUGUAUUAUCUUAAGAAAUGUAUUGCUGUUUCCUUGUAUAUCAAAUUACACCUAAAUGACAUCAUACAGUAUGGUAUGAUAUACAGUAAAUUCAGUUCAGGAGUACUGUCAUAAUAUGGAUUAAAUGAUGAAGCAUUUCUUAAAUAUUUCAAUAAAGAUAAAACAACAGAGUUAAAUACAUUAAGUGGCCAUGAGUGUACAUAAAAUGUAAAGACUAUUUGGUGUUUCCUAAAUGUCUGAUAAUGACAAGCUGUGUAAAGUUUUUAAAAUGGCAGCAUUUUAAUAGUCAAUCCACUGUACAAUUUUACUUUCAUGAUUAUAAAUCAUGUCUGGUGUUUGUCCUGUGGAAAGUAAAGCGGUGAUGUUUGAUUGUGGAAAGAAAUCACCUGUUCAAAUGAAUAUGAAAUGUGAGAUGUUUCAAAUUUACAUAUCCAAUGUAAUGUCAUAAAUCCAACCACAGGUUGCAAAAGCUGUUAUUUUUAUGUCUGAUCUCAAUAAAGGUUUUACUCAGAAAUGUUUGCGCUUUAAAAAAACGAAGAAAAAAAUAACAAAUGUCUAUGAUAAUGUACUGCCUCUAAUUUUGGAAACUCCCAUUGGCCAUUUUUAACAAUAAGUAACUAACAAAACUGAUGCAUGAUUGUGGCAUUGUUUUGUUUUAAUUACAUUUUUAUUGUAAACCAAUUGUACUGUCCUUGAGUAAAUUAAAUGCCACAUGGUUUUAAUUUAAACCUGAAUGCCCCAUGGUUAGGGUUGUGCAAGUGUAUCCUAACUAGGAAAGCCGAAACAACUGUUUGACAUGAUUGUAAGCCUCUUAUUGUUUAACAACAAUUUUUAAGUUGUAUCGCUGACUGUUAUAACUUUCAUCAUACCUGAAAUGUUAGGUCAUUAUGUGGUAAAAUUCCAAGUUCAAUAAAACUUAACCGCAAUCAUCAGCAUUUGUUGCGUAUGUAUGGGUAGGGAGCCCCGAACCUAAUCCUUACCUAAACCUAACCUGGUGUGGAAGUGAAGCCCCCAUUUGGAAAUAUCCGGCCCUGCUUUUAAUCCUGCCAUAAUUUGCCCCAUUUCUUCCAUUGUAUGUGCCUUACGAUUUUUCUGUUUUAAGCCUUAUGUUUUGUUCUUGUUAUUUUGACCCGGAUGACUAAUAUAUUCUACAAAAUACAGAAAAAUGAAGUGUUCAGGAGCAUGCCAAUCCUUUAGAUGAGCACAUAUGUGGAUGUGUGUUUGCACGAAGUCCUUAGACAUGUGCACACACAUAUCUUGUGUUGAGCAUCCUAUUGUGCGCAUCAUCGUUCCAUGUAGGCCUACAGGAAA